CUAUAAUGUGUCAAUGUGUGCGUUAAGGCAUCUAUAUUGGCACUAUGACGAAAAAUGUGGCUGUGGCAUGUGUUCUUUUUGCUUUUUUGCUUGGAGCCACUGGAGCUAUGUCUGUCUAUGCGCGGGGUGAUUGUUAAAAACGACCCAAGGCAUCGAAACGGGCAUGGAAAUAUCUUGUCACAUCGUGUACCGAGUGGCAUUACCUGGAAUCUGUCAUUUAUUUCGCAACCCAUUCGGCAUGUUGCCUUCGAUCCACUUAGAUGUACCCAGGUAGGACGAACUCUUACCCCGGGCAUCAAUAGUGCUUCUACUACACUUAUAAAAGGUGAUAGAUCGUUAUGCCACGGUAGGAGUGGUGUAAUUUAUGCUGUUUCUUUGUCAUCUGGGUACCUUAAUGCUAGUGACAAGUAUCAUGGAACGGAUGAUCAUCCGCUCCAAUCACAUAUAAGGUUAUAUGCAAAGGACAAACCACGCCAUUUCGCAUUACGCUCAUUUUUCGGAUCUGUCAAUAAGGUAUUUACCGAUGCUGAAUACGACCACCGAUUGGAGUUGAAUAGGAAGUAUGACAAUAUAACUGACGAGAAUGACGACUCCGGGUUACCUCUUGCCCCUGAGAAUGAGGACUAUGAUGUCGACGACGGCGUACCUCCGGAGGACGGAGACAUGACUAGGCCUCCUUCUCCCAAGGAGGAUUGGUUUUUAAAGCGUAUGGCUCGUGGCCGUAGGUUUUGGCACAAGUAUUUUGCGGAGCCGUCACAACAAUCGUUACGAUUCUACAAUCUUGUGAAGAUGAAGCACGAUUUGAAGUACUGCAACCGUGUGGUUCGUCGUGAGUACACUGAGUUACGCCCUGAGAUAAAGCAAAGGGUCGUUGACGGCAAGUUGCAGAAGCUGACUCCGCGUGAGCGCAAUUUGAAUAAAAGUCGCAUUCAGGUCAAGCGCACUGUAGUGGGUUUUGACAACAGUAGUGAGGACAGUAACAUAUUAAUACUCUUGACCCUGCCACAGCGCCGUUUGGUCCAUAUGGUGGAACGCAUCCGCUUACCUCAUUUACUGGCAUUGCGUAAUUACGAGAUGUUGAGGCUAUUAAGGGAUUCCAUGCUUUUCAUGUCUAAGCCUAACAUUUUCGAGAGUACUGUUGACUUUUUAUUGACAGUAUCAAGAUUCAACAUGGACUACUCAGGUGACAUACCACUGCUAACUGAUCUGCCAGAUAAAACACAAAAGCGUUAUCGUCCAAUGAUAUAUGCUCGCAUCGGUCGUAUACGGAACGAUCCUUUUGCAGACCACUUGCUUAAAGUUCGCAGUUCUAGGCCUGAUACCAUAAGGGAGCCAUUUCCCAUUUUUGAGCACAACAGGAACAGCGUGUUUAAGCGCUUCCUGGACGCCUGCGACUCCUUAAUUAACCAUCGUCUUGCGAAUAGUGAAUAUGACUUUGAUGCAGUCAUGGAUCGCAACUUUUCGGACAAUUUCAAGGAUACAAUGCCGGAGUACAGUACCAAGGAGAGUGUCAAUCGCAUUGACUACCCGGUGGUGGUAUCAUUUUCCAAGGAAAUGUCUCAAUACUUAAGUGAACCCAUGUUACCACCUUCUGAGGCCAUCAAGAGUACUUCUACAGUAUCUAGGGAUAAAGAUACGGAAAACCAGGAGCCGCCAGCUCGGGAUGUAUCCCGCGGUAGCAAAAUUCCGUGGAGCGUGGAUGAGGUGAAGGAAAUGUUAAGAAGGAUGCACAAGAUCGGUUUAUCUAAGCCCUCGACUAUAAUUGACCGUAUGAGGAGACUUCACUGUGACUUAGGAUUCAGUUUUGAGGAUAUUUUGUGGAUUGGGAGGACCCGUCCUCAGGUGCUGCGUUACGGUAACUUCUACAACCGUUGUCUAGAGUUAUAUGACAGUGAUGAGGGAUUUACAUUUGGUGAUAUAAUCAAUAUUGUCCACAAAUACCCUAAUGUAUUAACUUUCAAUGUCCCUAGAACUGUGCGCCCGAAGAUUCGUUAUUACCGUCGUGUGAUGCGCCGUUCUAUAGGUGAUAUAAUAGACUUUCCCAAAUGCCUGAGUUACUCGUUGUACGACAGGAUCAUUCCUCGGCACAUAGCUGUCAUGAACAAGAUAUACAAGGGCCAGUUUUUGAAAGUCUAUCGAUUCUUAUUUGAAUCUGGCUUUUAUAAAGGUUACGGGCAGACUGUAACGGAUGAGCGUAUCCCUGACAUACUACCACCUGACCAUUCCAAGUACAUGGCUGUAUAUGAUCAGGUUAACAGCGAUAUAACUUUUGAAAUCCUCAUUAAGUAUGAUGAUGCUCUGUUUCAGCAACACUUCAAUUUAUCUUAUCGCGACUUGAUUCAGGGCAAGGAAGACGCCCUAAAGAUUCCUUUACCCACAGAUGUACUUUAAUAACGUCUUUAAGAGGAUCUACGCUAGGGUGUGUGCUCCUACUUGUGAGUGUGUAACUAUUGAGUCUCGAUGUCAGUCGCUUGGUCCUCCUAGGUCAUAUCGCACGCUAUCUGACGGUAGUCCGAAGCUACCGCUGGAUGACCAGAUUACAGCUCCUCGUGUUCGUGUUUUACGUGACGGGAAGUUUGUUGGUGAUUUUGACACUCCUGAGGCAUUAAGCGUUGCUAAACGGGAAGGUGUCAAUUUAAUACUAUUCCGCCCGUCAUCUACUCCGCCAAUUUGCGUCUUGGCUAAGUAUGAGGAUUUUAUUGAGCAGCAUAAGCCAAAGCCUGUGGAGACAGGUUCGCAGGAUUCCAAUGCUGUAUUUCGCUUUGAUCCUAGUCUUAAGGUAAAAGUAGUGCAAAUAUCGGCCCAUUGCGCUGAGAAUGACUUUAAACGCAAGAUUCAAUCAGCUCGAAAAUUUUUAGAAUCAGGCAAUCGUGUUGAGUUGGUGGUGUUUACUAAAUCCAAUCGCAAGCAAUCUGCAUCGAUAUCGCCACCUGCUGACAGUACACUCCCUUUAUCGUUUUCUUUGGAGAAUCCGCUGAUACAGCGUGUUGAGUACAUAUACGCUCAGUUGGCCGACGUGGGUCGUCCUUUUACAUUACGUAGCAAGGUAGACCUUAGGCAACGUCAGUUGCAAUUGAAAUUUUGGCCCAUAUAACUAACAUUCAAUCGUGUUGUUA